AUGACCACUAAUGCUGAACACUGUAGAGCUUAUCGUCAACGUAUUCGCAAUAUAAGUGACCGUCUGCAACAGAGACCAGCAGCUACUUCCCAGCAGAAUGAUAAUGUCAAUCUCAAUCAACAUAAUAAUAAUGUUAAUCAAAAUGAAAGUCCAAUGCAUGAGAGUGAUGAUGAGAUCGACAAAGAUGAAGUAAACAACUACUUUGAGCAAAUGAACGUUGUAAAUGAUGAUGAAGAUGAACAGAAUGACUUCAUUAACAAUAACAAUAGUAGUAGUAGCGAAAGUGAAACAAAUUCUGACGCUAAAACAGAUUUUUUGACAGAUGAUGAUAAUGCUAACAAUAGUACUCUUCUUUAUCCCGGCGGCUUCAUCACUAUGCAGCAAACAUAUUCAGCAAUUAAAAAGUUCAUUGUUAAAUGUAACCUGGCUUACACACACAUAUUAUGUUUAAUAUCACUGCUGUUGUUAUUAUUGCCACAUGGACACAGAUUAACUAAAUUAGGAAUCUUACAUUCGUAUAAAAAGCGAGAAGAGUUUACUUAUAUUACGUUAUGUGUAAAAUGCAAUCAUGAGGUAAAUAUUCAAUUUAUUAUUCCUUUUUUUAGAAAAGGUUUUUUUGCUUGUUUCGCAAAAGCGGAGCGAGUAGCUUUGUUACCUAAGAUUUUAAA